AUGGCGGAAGAAGAUCAGGAGAAGACCUCUUUCAUUACCGAUCGGGGCUUGUAUUGUUACAAGGUGAUGCCGUUCGAACUGAAGAACGCGGGCGCUACAUAUCAGAGGUUGGUGAACAAGAUGUUUGAGAAACAAAUGGGCCGGAAUGUGGAAGUGUACGUUGAUGACAUGCUCGUGAAAAGUGUGAAGGCCCUGGAUCACGUCUCCGAUCUGAGGGAGACGUUCGAUACGAUAAGGCGUUACCGAAUGAGGUUAAACCCGGCUAAGUGCGCCUUUGGGGUCUCGUCCGGUAAAUUCUUGGGAUAUUUGGUGUCCCAGAGGGGCAUAGAGGCGAACCCCGAAAAAGUCAGAGCGGUGCUGGAAAUGCAACCACCGAGGACCACGAAACAAUUACAGCAACUGACUGGACGGAUAGCGGACUUGAACCGGUUCAUUUCGAGGUCUACCGACAAGUGCCUUCCCUUCUUUAGAAUCCUGAAGAAGGCAUUUGUGUGGGAUUCGAAGUGCGAAGAGGCUUUUGGGAAUCUGAAAGAGUAUUUGAUGAACCCUCCUCUCUUGAGUCGACCAGUGGAAGGAGAAGUCCUCUAUAUGUACUUGGCUGUAUCAUCCUCGGCGGUCUCCUCAGCUCUCGUCUGGGAAGAGAAGGGUAUACAGAAGCCAGUGUACUUCACGAGCAGAGCACUCCGCGGGACGGAAGAGAGAUACCCGAGGAUAGAAAAGUUGGCAUUUGCCCUGAUUGUGUCCGCCCGGAAACUGAGGCCUUAUUUCCAGGCGCACGCCAUCCGAGUACUAACUAAGUACCCCUUGAAGAAGGCACUGGCCGAUUUUUUCCUUGAAUUUUGCAAUACUCCGGAGCCCCGGGACCCAGCGCAGCAUCCACUAUGGGUAGUUUACGUGGACGGCUCCUCUCAGUGCCAACGAAGCGGUGUGGGAGUGAUACUGAAGAGCCCGCAGAAGCAGAAGUUCCAGUAUGCCAUCAAAUUGGACUUCGCCACGACCAAUAAUGAGGUAGAGUACGAAGCGGUACUGGCGGGCCUAGCAAUUGCGCGGGAAGUAGGGGCCCUCAAUUUUGAAAUUCGGAGCGAUUCACAAGUGGUCGUUGGCCAGAUCUCGGGAGAAUUUGCCGCACAAGGAGACCGACUGGCCAAAUACUUGGAAAAGGUGCAUGACCUACAAUCUAGUUUCAGGACUUUGACGGUCAUAAAGAUCCCUCGCGAAAGAAAUGUUCAAGCGGAUGCCCUGGCUAGGGCUGGUUCCGCGACCGACCAAGAAAUCGCAAAAAUGAAGCGGCAAGUGCUGGUUCAACCCAACCCAUCGAUUGACAAGAGUCAAUGUGUGUUGCAGGUGGCCCGAGAGAGGGAACCGGAACCCGAAUGGGCCUCGGACGUAAUUAGAUACUUAAGAAGUGGAAAGCUACCCAGUCAUAAAGAGCAGGCCCAUAAAGUGAAACUACAGGCUGCACGCUACAUGAUGGUGGACGACAUGCUGUAUAGAAGGGGAUACUCACACCCACUACUGAAGUGUCUCUCGGCUCCGGAGGCCAACUAUGUGCUAAGGGAAAUUCAUGAAGGAGUUUGCGGGAACCACUCGGGAGGAAGAAUGCUGGCCAUCAAGGCGGUGAGAGCCGGGUAUUACUGGCCCAUGAUGACGCGGGACUCGAUGGAGUUUGUCCGGAGUUGUGAUAAAUGUCAGCGGUUUGCCCGGGUAAUGAAGAACCCGCCCGAGAGACUCACGUCGGUCUUGUCACCUUGGCCGUUCUCUAAGUGGGGGGUUGGACUUGGUCGGUCCGAUGCCAUGCGGGAAAGGGAAAAAGAGGUUCUUGGUGGUGGCCGUCGACUACUUCACAAAGUGGGCGGAAGCUGA